GGAUGCUUUGCUGGGACACAAACCUACCACGGAGCUGUUUCAAGCAGAUUUAGUGACUUUUCAUAAACCACAAGCUAUUUAGUACGAGUUUGAGCGUUGUACCCUUUUUUGUUUUUCUUUGAGAGAUAACUUGACGCUUUGCUGAUAAUUCUUAAAGUAAAGUUAUUGAGAGGGUGUUUGAAGCUUGAAGAUUAGAACGUCGAUUUUGGACUUGAAGGAAGACUUUCUCUGAAGCAAUAAGAUGAAAGCCAUCGUAAUCGUCUCCUUCCUGCUUCUCAACUGCUGUGUUGCACUUCCGUUGAAUCUGGAAGACAAUUCCACUCCACUUGUCAGUAUUCCAAUUUUACUCCAGGAAUCAACCGGUUAUGAAAGCAAACGGAAUGACUUACCUCUAGUAAGAUACGCACUUCUCUUGAGUAAAUUGGAUGGGUCAGAGGAAAAUUUUGAUGGCAGCUUGGUCGAGAAACGCAGCGUGAAAGAAAAGGACCAGGAAGAUCUCGAAACUGCGGCUGGCACUUAUGCUCUUCGACCACUGUUCGUUUAUCGACAACAGUUGGCAUACAGACAGCGAAUCAGGGAUGCUGGUCGUCGAGGAAGUCGCUUCUGAGCCACAUUAAUGGAAUUGAUUAUGUUGUUGACAACCUGACAAGCAAAAGGACAUCGAUUGGAAACUAGAGAGAUGCACACAACUUAAAUUUUAUGGAUGGAA